CGGAAGGGAAGGUGGGGAUGCGAUGAAAUAACGCCGUCCGGCAAACACCCAAAUACCGACGGUCAUUGGGAGUCUGGUUACUGUCGCGGAGGAAGAAAACCUCGAAAAACCGGUUCUGGGACGGACUGCCCUUCAACACGGAACCACCUGGUGUCUAUAAGAGGAGCACACGGAGCUCCCCGCCAGUCAGAACAGAAAGGGGCGCGCUUAACACGCAACAAGAAAGAAUACAGAUAUAACGUGCCGAGAACUAUCUGCAAAACCCACCACCCCCUGCUGCGGCGAGACAAAAGAACGGACCGCGUUGUUUAAGCCGAUUAGAUCAGAAUCCGCGCACAGAGGACACAAAGAGCAACUGUCUUGACGGCAACCUGCGUUUACAUCCUUCACUUCUCUGCAGAAACUAAGAAAGGAAGCCAGGAUGAUGAUGCAAACGCUAGAAACCCCCAACCAGAAGAACUCCCUCUUCAACGCCAUGAACCGGUUCAUUGGUGCCGUCAACAACAUGGACCAAACCGUCAUGGUGCCCAGCUUGCUGCGGGACGUCCCCCUGGAUGAAGACCGGGAGAUGAGCUCCCUCAAGUCUGACAUGGACGAAGGCGACAUGUACAGCUACUACCAGCUCCUCAAGUCCAUCCGGCAAGAUAUUGAGUGGGGUGUCCGCCGCGCCGCCGCUGAGGAGAGACUCAAGGAGAGCAUGAAGAUCACCCGGAUGAACUCCUCUGUAUCUUCAUCUUCGGCCUCUUCUUCUUCUUCUUCUGAGGAUGAGGAGGAUGAGGAGGAAGACCUGGAGAAGCAGUUUCAGUUCCACCUGACGGGCCUUCACGGCGUGCUCUCCAAGCUGACCCAACAGGCCAACUCGCUCACCAAACGCUACAAACAGGAGGUUGGCAUCGGUGGAUGGGGCCAGUAAGGUCAACUGAGAAGAAGCCCCAAGCUCCCUGUCUGGAUUUGUGGUUGGUGAUAAUUUCAUGGACUGGCAAUGAGGAAGUUGUUUGAACUGAACUGAAUUAUCAUUAUGCCCCAGAGCUACUACCAAAUGAAAUUCGUUGUCCAGAAUUUGAAUGGUAGAAGAAGAGGCAGCCUUGCUGUCCAUUGGGCCUAUAUGUGGUGUUGGUCUACUCUGUGGUGGUACAGCCUGUAAAUCUGUUGAUCCUCUAAGAAUAGCGGUGUACGGUUUUCCCAUUCAGGUUCAACUCCCUCAAAUGUUUUGCACUCUAACUAUUAGCAUGGUGUCCCAUGAACUCGUGUGAUACACGGGAGAAAAAUAUUUAUGCAUCUAUUUAAUAAUGUAUGAUUUAUUACCUCAUUAUGUAUGUCUGAAAGGUUUGUUUUAUGUCAAACACAAGGAAGUAGCCGGCAUGAACUGCCAGACCUUACAUUUGUAAUGCCCCAUUGGGGGACUAUUGACAAAGGAUAUAGUGUUUCUGAUGAUGCUAAUGAUGUCAAUGUUGCAAAUGUAGUCUGUGUUGACCGGUACGUCUUCCAGUUUGAUCUGUCUUUGUCUUUUAAUUGCGUUCGGGGGAAGGAGGCAGACGCUUGCUUGCAGCCUAUGAUAUCCCAAUGUAUGUGCUACAUGAUCAAUGAACUGGAAUCAGCUGACAAUUCUUCUACAUGGAGAAUAAUGAAGUUUCUUUCCAAGAGAUGCAUGGUUGUCUUGUUGCUAUUGCCAUGGUGCUCCUGAAAUGCCCAAAUCUUAAAUGUCAUUAUGAGCAAAAGCUUUUGUUUUUGUACUGAAAAUGUUUGUUUCUAAAAUAAACUUCUUCUUUUUUUUA